AUGGAUUGUAAUAAAAGAAAAAAAAAUGAUACAGAGAACAAUAACACCAGUAAUAAUAAUACUAAUAACAAUAACAAUAAUAACGAUAGUUUAAGAUCAUAUAAAAAACAUAAAAGUACUGAUAGUUCAGAAUUUGAUUAUAAUAAUACAUCAUCAAAUACACCGAGUUUGGUUUUUACAUCAAAUAAAGAUACUAAUAGCUGUGAAACUGUAUUCUGGAAGGUAUUUAGAAAUAAAAUUUUAUUCAAAUUAAUAUUUUCAAAUUUCAAAUUCAAAGAUAAUGGACAUGCUAUUAUUAGAGAUAAAGUAAAAAGUGGAAAUUAUGAAUUUGAAGAUUAUAACGAAGUAAGAUUAGUCAUUUCCAAAAUCACCAAAGAUACCAAAGAGAACAGAGAAUUCUAUAGACAACUAUUUUCUGCAAAUCAAUACAACAACACAAAUGAUGAUAACCAUAGUUUCAGAAACUAUUCCUUCUGGUUACAAGUAAUUGCAGAUGGAAACAAUAGAACCGCAUUUCUCGAAUACAAUAAACUUUUUCAAAUAGAUAAAAGAAAUAUUUCAGUAAAUUUAAAUAAAAAGAUCGGUAUUGGCAAAAAGAACUUAAAGCUUUUAAAGAUGAAGCCUUUUUUAGAAUCAAACGGAGUCACAGUUACUGAAUCGAUAUCAAUAUAUGAUAUUAUUGGAUUUUUUGAAUAUUCACAAAAAUUCAAAGAGCUCAUAAAAAUUUACAAGUUUAUUAUCGCUGAAAACUACAGACCAAAAGAAAAACACAACGAUACAGUACAACAACUAAAUCACCAAUUAGAAAUAAAUCAAUUUAAUACUAUACAAUUAAAAUCAACUAUUCAUACCAUAUCAAUAUCAAAUGAUCAAUAUUUAAAACCAAUAAUCCACAACAUACUCAAAGUACUAUAUUCAAUUUAUAAAUUAGAAUUCAAAUAUUCAAAUCUAUUUAAACCAAUUGAAUACUAUAUAUUCUUUAAAAAAAAGUCUAGAUUCGAACAAGUUUUUACAAAUAGAAAUUUAAUAAUAAAGAACAUAAAAAAACCUGAAUACCAACACUAUAGAUAUCUAUUCACAGUUAUAAAUAGCGACCGUUGCAUUGAAUAUCAAAAAAAGCUAGUUAAAUCAGCAUCACUACACACAGAUUGUCAAAGAAAGAGGAUUUAUAUUGAAAAUGCCAUUUUUUCAAGCAAUAAUUUAGAACUAAUCGAUCUUAUGUUCAAGUAUUUCGGAGACACAUGCUGUCAUUUAUAUCAUUAUCUUCAAUUAAUUACAAAAACCGAGAUAUUAGACUACUUUUUCAAUAAUCAUCAAGAAUUAAUAUUUAGUGACAAUAAUCCACUUUGUAUGUACGCCGACAAAAAAGUUAUGGGCCAUUUCGAAGAGUUAAUGAAGAGUAUUUCAAGAAAGUUUUUUAUUAAAUUGAAUGCAAGAAACUCCGAAAAUUUACCAAAUAAAGAUGUUUUCGAAAGAUUAGAAAGAGCACUCAACAAUCCAACACUUUAUACAUUUGAAAGCAAUAAAGAUUAUCCUACAAACUCUAUUAAUAGAUAUAAAUCGUAUAUUUUGGAAAAUCUUGAUUAUUCUACACAGGAUUCCGCAAUAUCAAUGUUAGAAAAGCAUAUAGAAAAAUAUGGUGGCACAGAAUACUUUGAUAUCGAACCAAUUUUAAAAAAAGCAGAAUUCCGUAACUCCCAUAAAUUCAUAUACUGGAUUCUUCAAGACCUUUCAGACCAAUAUAUUCAAUCAAACAUAUCAAAUGAAGAGUUAACAAUUAAAUCAGGUAUAAAUACAACAAAUAAUCAAAAGUAUGAAAUUAGAAUCAAACGCUUUACUAGUUGGGAACUGCUUUUAUUCUACUGUGGUCGUCCAAAUAUUUUAUAUCAAAACUUAAAUUCAAAUUCACAGUUAAUGGAACAUUCAUUAAAGUUUCUUUAUUCUAAUAAUAAUAAAGUCAAUUUAUUUUUAAAAUUACUUUACUAUAUAUCAAAAUCAGAUUUGCAAAGUGGAGUUUUUAACGAAAUAUUAAAAAGAGCAGCAGAGAUUGGUUUAGUUUCAAUUUUCAAAACCAUUUCAACCGAACACGAGUAUUUAUAUUACGAGAAAAACGAUGAAACUGGUCUUUCAAUAAUAAACGAUGAGCAUUUUUUUAAACUCAAAUUGGCCAGCGGUUUUAUCAGUGACCUCAGAUUUUUAUCUAAAUACACAAGUAUUUUUAAACAAUCUUAA